UGGCAAAUCUCUCAUUAAUUGACCAGACUUGCGUAGUGCUCCAAAAAUGCAGUGAUUGCGAUGUCUCGACUCGUUAAGAAAUCACCAGCCCUUUGCACUGAUCUACCACUGGAAAAUAAGGAAUUCUUGUAUAAGCUUAAUCUUUUGGGACAGCUUUUUCGAUCAUGUUAUGGUCCUCUGGGUGGACUGAAAAGCAUCCACAAUAACAUCGGAGGGCAAGUUGUUACCACGUCAACAUCAUCAGUGAUACUUUCAGCCAUUUAUUCGUCGACACCAAUUCUAAAUCUGGUUUUAACCUCCAUUCGCGGUCACAUUUCUCGUUUUAGUGACUGCGGCUUGUUUGCAGCUAUUCUUUGUGUGAGUCUCUUUGAACACAUCAAGAAGAUAGGUCUAAAAGGAAACAAAGCUAUAAGGGUUAAUAAACACCUGCUGGGCAUGUGCAUCAAAUACCUUCACCAAGAAGAAUGUGAUUGUAAAGUAAAACUCGACUUUUGCACAACUCAGAACUUAAUCACGUUGUCCCGCAGUAUUCUCUGCAGCAAACCAGCCAUAAUGCUAAAAGAUUAUGAAGCACUUCACAUCAGUGAGUUGGCUGUUCAGGCGUUUCUGUUGACAGUGCCAUCCCACAGUGGUGUAGUUACUCUGGGAACGACAGUAAUUGUGCCUAUUGAAGGGCCUCCUGUAAUGGACUCUGCAGUAUUUCCAGGAUUAUUAGUUGAUAUUCCGUAUGGUUUGGAGAUGAAAAAUGUUCCAUCAAAUACCCUGCGUGUGCUAUUGUUCAGUACGUCCCUUGCUGGAGAUCUUUCUGAAAUAGGAGAUGGACAGAUUGAAGUCCUGUAUGGUGCUGACAUGGACUCUCAGAUCCUUGAUGUUCUCCUUGAGAUUGGCAAACAGGCGUUAAGAGAUGAUGUGAAGCUAUGCGUUUGUCAGAAAGUCAUCCAUCCAGUUCUUCAGCACUUCUUGAGGAAUCAUGGCAUCUUAGUUGUGGAGAGAGUAGGGAUCAACUAUAUGCAGCCUCUUAUUCAACUAACAGGUGCCCAGCCUGUGGCAACCUUACACACCAAAAUCCCUCUAAAUGCCUACGGAAAGGUGGGAAAUGUCACAUCUAGACGGAUUGGAUCUAAGAUGAUGCUGCAUUUAUAUCCUGACGAGGAAUCCACCAUUUGUACUGCAGUUCUCUGCCACAGGAAUGAGACUAUGUUAAAUGAAUUGAAGGUGGCAUGGCAAAAGACAGAACACAUAUUAAGACUUACCCUGAGGGAACCAUUUGCAUUACUUGGAGGUGGAUGCACUGAGACCCAUUUAGCUGCGUACAUUAGACACCGAUGUGACACUACUGUAAGCGCCUCAGCGCUAGGCUACUCGCAAACAGAGUACCUGCUUGGUGUGGAGGCUUUCUGUAAAUCUCUCGAGUCAGUGGCUGUGGCACUACAGCACGAUGGUGGGGAUUCUCUCAUUGAUAUGACCCACGGUCACCACUGGACUCUUCCAAAAGAUGUGAUGCAAGACGACAUCGGGACUUGCGUUAGCAGGUGUGGCUGUGGACUGAUGGAGAAUAGCAACACUAACAAGUGGUGUUACUUGAACACUAACUAUCCGGUGUUCUCACCUGUGUCAUCUUGUGAAAAUGUUAUCGUGCACGCGAGUGUGCUUGACUCCUUCACUGCAAAACUCAAUGCUCUCCAAGUUGCGGUAGAAACUGUAAACGUUCUCCUCGAUAUACGAUAUUUAAUACAAGAUGUGAACUAAAUCAAAAUGUUAAUAAUUGUUUGUGAGCAGAAAAAAUGUGGUUUUUACAAUAUAUAUUCAGUUCAAACUUUAUUCAGGACACUUGGUCCAAUUGACGACCAUUAAAAAUUUAGAAACAUGCACAGAGUGAAGAAGAGGGACAAUGACGAAGAGGAGGAGCUGGAAGACACAAAUGAAUCUGGGUAAUCAAAAGACCGGAAAAAAAUCAAGCAAACCUCAGGAUUCCUUGCACAAAUGUUUUGCAACAUGAUUUUAAGAUCUACUAAAUGUAUUCAGCCCUGACUGCCAGCAAGACAGUUCUUGCCAAUAAACUUACUUUUGAACAUGAACAGAAAAUAUUGCAAAUUCAUAGUUCAUAUAAGUUCUGCUGGUCCGCCCAUGGUUGUCAUAUCACAAUGGGAUGUUUUUUCAAAGUAAAAAUGGAAUCAAGGCCUUUCGAGACUUGGGGUAGUGCUUGAAUUUCUUCUUGUAAAACCUUUAGGAGAAAAAAAGGGUGGGGGGCAAAUGAUUCAGUUGGUAGGGGAGAGCGGGGUUUGUUGUCCCAUGAGUUGGUUGUCACUCUUUCCAUAACUCCAGAGGACGGUGUUUAAUCUCAUAAUAUCAGUUCUAAAAUAAUAUUUGUGUCCAGAAAAAUAUCAACCCAAUUUUUAAUGAAAAUCACACAUCACUUUGAAGUAUAAGGCAAAUAGUACUUUCAAAAUGUUAUGGUUCACUAAUUCUUUUUAAUGGCUUUUACAUAAUAGGUUUAUAAAUAUGAAAGUGUUACCAUAGAAAAGUAUUAGGGCAAAGCUAAAAGUUAGCAAAAAAGUCCACCCUCGUUGUCGCAAUUUGGAUGGGGAUGGUUGUCACAUCAACCUAUCCUAAUUAUUAACCCUAUAUUUUAGCCUACAAUGAAGUUUUCAAAAUAUUAUUAGCCAUGGUGAGGAGUAAUGCAUCACAUUUACUACGAUACAUUUACUUGAGUAACGUUUUGAGAAAAAUGUACUUCAAAGAGUAGUUUUACUAAGCCAUACUUUUUAUUUGAGUAGGUUUGUAACAAAAAAAAAGCUACUCUUGCUCCAAUACUUUGGGCUACACUAGUUGUUACUUUUUUGUCAACAUGCCAAAAGUAGCUCUAUGGGACAUCGCAACAAUAAUCACAUGAAUCCAUUAUACCAAUCAGACUCAAGCUUCCCGUUUAUGAUCACGCAGGCCUGUUCAAUCACGUUUAAAGUGAAGUAAGAAAUUAUUUGAAAAUUAUUUGUCAUCAACAUGACUCGAACGUGCAGAUUUUAACCUCUUUCCCAGUUUUUAAUUGGCACCGAUCAACCACAGAAAACUGGAGAUAUUAUCCUUUUAAUUUCAUAAUAGGAACUAUUCACUAUUCAAGAAACUAUUUUCCCCACUAGAGGGCACACAUGCUCUUUGGACGAAUGGUGCUUCAGUUCUGUAUUUUUUGUUUCUCUUCCUGGAAUUCAAUGUUUUUUUUUUGUUUUUGUUUUUUUUUUUUUUAAAUUUGGUUUAAUGUGGUUAUGUAAUGCGUUAUUGUACAGAAUAAUAAUAACAGUUCAUAUAGAUAACUGUGCUGGGGGAAAAGUUACCAUCGUUUAAAAAAAUAAAUAAACAUCAUAUACAGUUACAACAUUACCCAUUGCUUGAGUAUUCUUUUCACCAAAUACGUCUAUUACUUGUAGUUAAGUCGAUUUUUUUGGAUUACUACUUUUACUUGAGUAAUAUUUUGAAGUUACGCUAACGUUACUUGAGUAAAAUUUUUGGCUACUCCACCCACCUCUGGUGACAAGUCUGACAACCAUACCCAUUCACAAAGUGUCAGGCUGUCAAGUGUACAUACAGUAUACACAGUAUUACCUUUUAUUCAUAUAAACAUAUACAGUGGGGAGGUCAAGUAUUUGAUACAAUGCCGAUUUUGCUGGUUUUCCCACUUGCAAAGCAUGUA